AUGGCAAAUGCAACAUCGACACCCGCCGUCCCGGCCCCUCGUCUCAACACGGGUCCGGUCUCCAUCUUCUUCAUGGUAUGGGGCGUAACCUGGACCGUGCUGCUCGUCCUGGGCAUGGCAUUCCUCUACUACAACCGCGCUAUGCCUCUCGUACGCGUCCGUGGCCUACGCCUCACCUUUGCCGCCGUCAUCCUCCUGCACUUGUAUUGGAUCCUGUGCCAGUUCGGUCUGUUGAUUUUCGAGUACGUCCCGCCAGAGAUCAUGUUCUGGGUCAUGGGCAUGUACGUGCCCUGGGGGAUUGCGCUGUUCCACGCCAGCAACAGUCGGUUUUUGUACGUCGCAGAAGCCCAGAAGCGCUUUGUCGGCAAGGCCCCAGCGGCGAGACAGAAGCCGUCCGCAAGUAAAAACAAGACGCUGCUAGGCAAGUUCUGGAGGCUGGAGUACGAGAGAAGGAUUGUGGUCGUCGUCUGCGUGGGGAUGGCGCUGCAGUUCCUUCUCCUUGUUACAAUGUACCUCCUCUCCCGCAAAUACCACCCAUCCUUCGGCAUCCCCGGCACCGAGGUCACCACCACCAACCCCAUGGAGCGCCUUAUGCAGCUGUAUAGCGGUUGGGAAUGGUGGCCGUCCAUCCUGUGGCAGUUCUUCUGGGCCUGGCUUGUGGCCCCCUAUAUCCUCUUCAAGUCGCGCGGCAUCAAAGAUACUCUUGGGUGGCGCGUGCAGACCAUCGCCUGCUGCAUCGCCGGUCUGCCCGCCACGCCUCUGUGGCUCGCUGCGCUGUACCUGCCCGCCUUCGGGCCCGUGAACCAAUACUUUAUCCCGCCGCAGUGGAUCUGUGUCAGCAUCACCUUUAUCGAGUUCUUCGCCAUCAUCCUGCCUUGCUGGCAGGUCCUGACCCACAAAACCCUGCGCCGGGAGACCCUCGACGCCAUCGCCAACUGGGAAUCCCGACGGGGCGGCGACAAGGACGGCAAGCAGUCCUUCGCCUCCGAGUCGACCAGACAGGAAUCCACCACGUCCACCUGGCGCCUGCUGUCCGAAAUCGAAAAGGCCACGGGCCAGUCCGAAAGCCUCUUCACCAUGGCCGCGCUCGACUACAUGCUCAAGCGCAACCCCGAGCCGCUGCGGGAAUUUUCCGCCCUGCGCGACUUUUCCGGAGAGAACAUUGCCUUCUUGUCCGCCGUGUCGGACUGGAAGGCCGGCGCGGCCGAGCCCAAGGCGCCGACGGACAAGACCCCAGCGCACAGCGAGGAGGGCGUCGAGCUGCGGCGCGUGCGCUUCAACGACGCGCUGCACAUUUACGCCGAGUUCGUGUCACCCCGCCAUGCCGAAUUCCAAGUCAACAUUGGCUCGGCGGAUCAGAAGCAGCUCGAGGCCGUCUUCGGCCCCGCCGCGCAGAUCUUGUUGGGAGAUUCGCAGAGGUUCGACGACCUGGCUGUCCCGUUCGAGAUGGAAUCCACCGGCGAAGGGGUGGAGCGGGUCCGGGCGCAGUACUUUGGGGAAAUCCCGGACGAGUUUAGCGACCAAGUCUUUGACGAUGCCGAAGUCAGCAUCAAGUAUUUGGUGCUGACCAACACGUGGCCCAAGUUUGUGAAGCAGGGGCGGUAUAGUAUGUCUAUCAACUCGGUGGUGAGCCAGAGUAGCGACGGGAGUGCUGAGAAGGAGAUUGGGCGCGUCAAGAAAUACUUGAAGAGGAUGAAGUUCGGCGGGGCUGCCCUUUGA